UAUCCCUCCUGCCCGUGACCCUACUGACUCUGCUCUUGGCAAGGGUUCUGUUUCCCAGCUCUCCUGGGGCUGGGGUUCUGGGAAUGUGACCCUUUGCUGCAGCUGUGUUUGGAGGAGAGGAAUGGGGCUGGGCCAGAGGAUGAGCAAAUAAAGGCAGAAACCCUGGAAAAGAGGAACUCUUCUUCAGUCCGAUUCUUUUUCCAGGCAGGACAGUGAGACUCCAGAAGCUUUGAGCCCAGCUUGCCAAGGCCCUCUGAGGCUAGAGGCCUGCCAUGGCACCUCUGAGGCCCAUUUUCAUACUAGCCCUGCUGGCAUGGGUUUCUCUGGCUGACCAAGAGUCAUGCAAGGGCCGUUGUGAUCAGGGUUUCAUGGCCAGCAAGAAGUGUCAAUGUGACGAGCUCUGCACUUACUAUCAGAGUUGCUGUGCUGACUACAUGGAGCAGUGCAAGCCCCAAGUGACUCGGGGGGAUGUGUUUACUAUGCCAGAAGAUGAUUAUUGGAACUAUGACUACCUGGAGGAGACCAAGAACAACACCAACACUGGUGCGCCGUCGGAGAACACCUCUCAACACUUUGACCUAAAGCCUCGGACUGAAGGGACUUCAAAGCCAACAGCUUUCCUAGAUCCUCAGGAAGAGUCAAGCACCCAAGGGCCUGAAGUGGAGCAACAGGGGGUGACCCUAAGGCCUGAUACCACUGACCAAGGGACCUCUGAGUUUCCAGAGGAAGAGCUGUGUAGUGGGAAGCCCUUUGAUGCCUUCACGGACCUCAAGAACGGUUCCCUCUUUGCCUUCCGAGGGCAGUACUGCUAUGAGCUAGAUGAGAAGGCAGUGAGACCUGGGUACCCCAAACUCAUCCAAGAUGUCUGGGGCAUCGAGGGCCCCAUUGAUGCUGCCUUCACUCGAAUCAACUGUCAGGGAAAGACCUACUUGUUCAAGGGUAGUCAGUACUGGCGCUUUGAGGAUGGUGUCCUGGACCCUGGUUAUCCUCGAAACAUCUCUGAAGGCUUCAGUGGCAUACCAGACGACGUUGACGCAGCCUUAGCCCUUCCUGCCCACCGUUACAGUGGCCGGGAAAGGGUCUACUUCUUCAAGGGAAAACAGUACUGGGAGUAUGAAUUUCAGCACCAGCCCAGCCAGGAGGAAUGUGAAGGAAGUUCUCUGUCAGCCGUGUUUGAACACUUUGCCUUGCUUCAGCGGGACAGCUGGGAGAGCAUUUUUGAAUUCCUCUUCUGGGGCAGAUCCUCUGAUGGAGCCGGAGAACCCCAAUUUAUCAGCCGGGACUGGCAUGGUGUGCCAGGGAAAGUGGACGCUGCUAUGGCCGGCCGCAUCUACAUCACUGGCUCCACAUUCCACCCUGUCCAGGCCAAAAAACAGAAGUCUAAGCGUCGAAGCCGAAAACGCUACCGUUCCCGCCGAGGGCGUGGCCGCAGCCGCAGCCGCAGCCACAGCUUGAACUCCCGUCGUCCAUCGCGUUCAGUCUGGUUCUCUUUGUUCUCCAGCGAAGAGAGUGGGCUAGAAACCUACAACAACUAUGAUUAUGAUAUGAACCUGCUCGUGCCUGCCACCUGCGAGCCCAUUCAGAGCGUCUAUUUCUUCUCUGGAGACAAGUAUUACCGAGUCAACCUUAGAACACGGCGAGUGGACUCUGUGAAUCCUCCCUACCCACGCUCCAUUGCUCAGUAUUGGCUGGGCUGCCCCACCUCUGAGAAGUAGGAACCAGAGCCCACAUGGCUGAGCUUCAGGAACCUCGUCUCCAGCCCUUUUCUCCCAGCCCAAUAAAGUCUGUUGGCCCCGAG